GCGGCAUGAAAGUCAAAGCUGAUCGUGACGAAUCCUCUCCAUAUGCUGCUAUGUUGGCUGCUCAGGAUGUUGCUACUCGUUGCAAGGAAGUCGGAAUCACAGCCCUCCACAUCAAAAUGCGUGCCACUGGUGGAACUGGCACCAAGACCCCUGGACCUGGUGGACAAUCUGCCUUGCGUGCAUUGGCUCGUGCAGGCAUGAAGAUUGGCCGUAUUGAGGAUGUCACCCCCGUCCCCACCGAUUGCACAAGAAGAAAGGGUGGUCGAAGUGUGAUCCGGGCGGGGAGUAACAUAACAUCCGGGACGAUAG